AUGGGAAGAGCUGUUGUCGCUAUUCAGCUAAGAGUAUUUCGACGGUUGGAUGGGAGGAAAAAGGAAGUGAACGGAAUCAGAAGUAUAACGGGGGCAUCUAUAAGCAGGCACGGAGAAAGGGGUAGGGAAGACGACACUAGUCUUGAGCCACUGAACUCGACUGAGAUUUAUUGCUGUUUUGAAGAGAUCAAAAACAGGCAAUACCCGGGAGCCGUAAAUCCCAACUAUGCUUGA